CUUUGAAAACGGGGAGGGGGGAUAAAAACGCGACCCCCCCCGUUUUCUCCCCGGUUGCUUUAUACGCUGAUCGUUUCUCCUCAGGAGCGGAAAUUGAGGAGACGGAGGCGACGCCGAAGGUGCCCCGUCCUCGGAGGAGGCGGUUUCCAGUCAUGGACGAGCAAAGUGUUGAGAGUAUUGCUGAAGUAUUUCGAUGUUUCAUUUGUAUGGAAAAGUUGCGUGAUGCACGCCUAUGUCCACACUGCUCCAAGCUAUGUUGUUUCAGUUGCAUUCGCCGUUGGCUGACGGAACAAAGAGCUCAGUGCCCACAUUGUCGAGCUCCACUUCAGUUGCGAGAACUUGUCAACUGUCGUUGGGCAGAGGAGGUGACCCAGCAGCUUGACACGCUCCAGUUAUGUAAUCUGAACAAGCAUGAAGAAAAUGAAAAAGACAAGUGCGAAAAUCAUCAUGAAAAGCUUAGUGUAUUUUGCUGGACAUGUAAGAAGUGUAUCUGCCACCAGUGUGCACUUUGGGGUGGAAUGCAUGGUGGGCAUACUUUUAAGCCCUUAGCAGAAAUUUAUGAGCAGCAUGUCACAAAAGUGAAUGAAGAGGUGGCAAAGCUUCGCCGGAGACUCAUGGAGUUGAUCAGUUUGGUGCAAGAAGUGGAGAGGAAUGUUGAAGCGGUACGCAGUGCAAAAGAUGAACGUGUUCGGGAAAUCAGGAAUGCAGUGGAGAUGAUGAUAGCUAGGUUAGAUACCCAGCUGAAGAAUAAACUCAUAACACUAAUGGGUCAGAAGACAUCACUCACUCAAGAAACGGAACUUCUGGAGUCUUUGCUGCAAGAAGUAGAACAUCAGCUGCGGUCAUGCAGUAAAAGUGAACUGAUAUCAAAAAGUUCCGAGAUUUUAAUGAUGUUCCAGCAGGUCCAUCGGAAGCCCAUGGCCUCUUUUGUCACCACUCCUGUCCCUCCAGACUUCACAAGUGAGUUAGUUCCUGCUUAUGAUUCAACUACCUUUGUCUUGGAGAAUUUUAGCACUUUACGCCAGCGAGCAGAUCCAGUUUACAGUCCACCACUUCAAAUUUCUGGGCUUUGCUGGAGGCUAAAAGUGUAUCCAGAUGGAAAUGGAGUGGUACGUGGCUACUAUUUAUCAGUAUUUCUUGAGCUCUCAGCUGGAUUGCCAGAAACAUCCAAAUAUGAAUACCGUGUUGAGAUGGUCCACCAGUCCACUAAUGAUCCUGCAAAAAACAUCAUUAGAGAAUUUGCAUCUGAUUUUGAAGUUGGGGAAUGCUGGGGCUACAACAGGUUUUUCCGACUGGAUUUGCUUGCAAAUGAAGGCUACUUAAACAGGCAGAAUGACACUGUCAUAUUACGGUUCCAGGUGCGUUCACCUACUUUCUUCCAGAAAUGUCGGGAUCAACAUUGGUACAUUUCUCAGCUGGAAGCUGCUCAAACAAGCUACGUCCAACAAAUAAAUAAUCUGAAAGAGAGGCUUGCGAUUGAACUUUCCCGGACCCAGAAAUCCCAUGGCGUCUCCCCUCCAGAUACUCACCUUAGCCCACAAAGUGAUGAUGGUCUGGAAACAAGACCAAAAAAAUCAGGACCAAACUCGGAAGUGCUUCUUGAGGCUGUGGCCAGCACAGCACCACCCAGAGACACAAAAGAAGAAGAGGAGGAAAAAGUACAGUAUGAAGACUUUAAUCAUGAACUGUCAGAUGGGGAUUUGGAUGUUGAUUUUGUUGGGCAAGAGGAGGCAAAUCAUUUAGAUGGCAGCAGUUCCUCCGUUAGUUCAACAGCCACCAGCAACACAGAGGAAAAUGAUAUAGACGAAGAGACCAUGUCUGGAGAGAAUGAUGUGGAAUACACUCACAACAUGGAGUUGGAAGAAGGAGACCUUGUGGAAGAAGCGACAUCUGCCCCGGCAGGUGCCUCAGGUGGGAGCCAUGCAUAUCGUCCAACAACCAGCCACAUGUCAAGGCGAGGAGGAGGUGCACUAAGUUCUUCUGCCAGUAGCAGCUUACUUGAUAUAGACCCCUUGAUAUUAAUACAUUUGCUAGACCUGAAAGAUAGAAAUGGGAUGGAAAACCUGUGGGGUCUACAGCCACGCCCACCUGCCUCACUUUUGCAGAAUAGAG